AUGUCUGUUCAUUAUACUUUUAGAUGGUAUGUAAUUAAUUUAUUAUUAUCAAUUUAUUAUCAAGUAAUUAUUGAAUUGGAUCUAACAUUAUAGAUCCAACUUGGUUGUCAAAUUUAUUUUAAUUUUGUUGUACUAACAAAUUUUUAAUUUCAGGCCAGAGGGUCCAAAUGAUGUUAUUGUUACAGGUACAUUUGAUAAUUGGUCUAAAUCUUUGCCAUUGGUAAAACAAGGUGAUGGUUCAUUUUCUUUACAAGUUCCUUUACCCCCUGUAAAAGAACAUAUUUAUUAUAAAUAUGUUGUUGAUGGUGAAUGGGAAGUUAAUCCAAAUGAGAAAUCAACAAAAGAUUCUGAAGGUAAUUAUAAUAAUUGGAUUGAAGCUGAUGAUUUAAAAGAAUUAUUAGUUAUGCCAGGUGCUAUAAUACCAGAAACUGGUUUAGCUUUUAUUAAUAAUAAAGGUGGUAAAUUACCAGAAAAUCAUCAUGAAUUCAAUAAUAAUCAUGAUAAUGAUUUAAAAGCUACUGUUUUACCAAAAGAAGAACCUCAUCAUGUUUCCAUUGCUGGUGAACCAGGUAUUUUUGUUCCACAAGGUGAAGAACAAUUGAAUGCUUUUAGAACUUUUGAACAUCAAGAUGCUAAAGCUUUAAAUGAAGAACCAGUGGAAGAAACUGACUCACAUGGAAUUUCAACACAAAGAGAAGAACAACCAAAAGAAGCAAAAGAAGAACAUCAAUAUACUCAAGGUAUUACACCAGCUGCUGUUGCUUUGGGCGAAGAAAAAGAACAUAUUGGUUCAAAUGCCCAUGGUGAACAUACAAAAGAAAUUGAACAACAAGAAAAACCAGAAGGAAUUGUUGAAUCAAGAGAAGAACUUGUACGUCAAUCAGUUUCAGGUGGUAUUACUCCUGCUGCUAUCGCAUUAGCUGAAGAACAUGAACAUAUUGGACCAAAUGCUGAUGGUGCUCAUACAAAAGAAGUUCUUGAAGGUAAAGAUGAAGCUUUAUUAUCACCGGAAGAGAAAAAGAAACAAAAGAAGAAGGUUAAAAGAUCACAAUAUAAAGCCAAGAAAAAGAAGAAGGCUGCUGAUGGUGCUGAUGGUGCUGUUGCUGCCGUUGCAACUUCAACUGAAGAAGACUAUACACCAGAACCAGAAGAAACAAAGAAGGAUCAUUCAGAUGCUGCUAAAAUUGGUGCUGGUACUUUAGGGGGUGGUGCAUUAGGUGCUGGAUUAGGUGCUGGAUUUGGUGCAGCUUUAGCAUCAGAGGAAAAAGAACCAUCAUCAACUAUUAAAACUUUAGAUCCAAAAGCAAGUGAACCUUUAGCUACUAACAAUGACCAACUUAAUGAAGGUAAAGAAGUUGAUGCUUCUCCAAUUGGUGAAAAAGCUAGAGAAACUUCAAAUGUCGUUCCAGUUACAGGUGGUGUUGUUGGUGGUGGCUCAAAUCAACCUUUAGUUUCAAAACCAUCUACUAGUGAACCCGUUUCUUCAACUGAAUAUAAAGAUAUUCCAUCACAACAUAAUGUUGUACCAUUAUUACCAACUGAUGCUACUGCUACAUCACAACCAGUUGAAUCAAAAGAAAAUAAAGAAGAAGAAGAAAUUAUAAUUGCUACUUCUGGUAAAAAAAGUGAUAUUGUUGCAGCUGUUGAAGCUCAAGAAGGUCAUGAUGUUACAUUGGAAGAAAUAACUCCAACUAAAUCAGAAAGAGAAGAAUUAACAAGAGAAGCUGAAAUUGCUGCUCAUGCAAGAGGUCCAGUUAGCAUUGAACAAGUUAUUGUUCCAAAGGAUGAAUUAAGUACACAAGAUGCUGAUGUUGCUGCUGCAACUGCACCAACCUCUCAAAUUUCAAAACCAAAAGAAUCAACAAUUGCUGCAACAAAGCCAAAAGAAACAACCACCACAAAACCAACUGAAAAAACCACAACUUCAUCAACUCCAGCUAAAAAACAAACUACAUCAACUCCAGCAAAAAAGACAACAGCAAAUGGUGCUAAAAAGGAAGAAAAGGAAAAAAAGAAAGGUGGUUUCAGAAAUUUCUUGAAAAAAUUAGUUACUUAA